AUGCUGGACGAGAAGUACAGUUUUCGGUUUGACGAAGAACACUUCAUUAUCGAGCCUGAGUACAAGACAUUCUUCCCCAACAAGAACAAAGACAAUCAAGGUCCAAGCUACCAUCAAGCUGAUGUGGUGGACGAGCUCAAUGAGUUGUAUGCGGUGCCGAACAAGGGAGACAAAUCCGCGGGCGGUGCCAAGGACAACUCCGCUAGCGUUUCCGGUGAUAACCAGGCAGACGAUUCCGGAAAUCAUUUGGCAACUAAUUCUGCAAAUAUGUCUUCUGCCGAUUCCGGUGAAGAUUCUGUGGAUGCGCUGUAUGCGAGAGUGAAAAAGGGAGACAAAUCGACCGACGGUGCCAAGGAUAACUCUGCUGAUGUUUCCGGUGCUAACCCGAUUGACAAUUUCGGAAAUAACUUGGGAACUAAUGCAAAAAAUAUAUCGCCUGACGAUUUCGGAAAUGAUUCAGUGGAUGCGCUGUAUGCGAGAGUGAAAAAGGGAGACAAAUCGACCGACGGUGCCAAGGAUAACUCUGCUGAUAUUUCUGGUGCUAACCCGAUUGACAAUUUCGGAAAUCACUUGACAGCUAAUUUUGAAACUAUAUCGGCUGGCGAUUCCGGAAAUGAUUCAGUGGACGCGCUGUAUGCGAGAGUGAAAAAGGGAGACAAAUCGACAGGCGGCACUAACGAUAAUUUCACUGUCGUUUUCAGAGAUGACUCUUGCAGUUUUUCCUGGAGUAACUUUGCAAGCAGUCAGGGGGAUUUUUCUGGCUGUUCCACAAUGAACUCUGCAACUGGACCCAAACAUAACUUGGCAAGCUCUUCGUCGAUUGCAACAGCUGAAGGUUUCGAGAACAAUACAUACGUGUUUGGAAACAUUUUGGUGAACAUGUCCGGGGAUAACUUGGUAGGGAGUUCUGGAAUUAAACUAACAAGCGGAUCAGGAAGUCACGAAAUUGGUGGAUUGGGAACCAGCUCUGGGGACAGUUUGACAAAUGGAUCCAUAGAGAAAUCAGCACGCGGUCUUGGUGACGGUUUGGCAGUAGGUUCUGCAGACGACUCGGCAGAUGGUUCCAAAGAUAAAUCGGCCAAUGUUUCAGCAGCGAAUGAACAUGGAGAAGAUGGCAACGAAGGAACGUUCUGUGAUUUCGGGGAAAACAUGUCCAGCAUGUACACAACGCUCGAGAACAUACUGAACGAUUUGAAAUAA